GAUUUUGAUAAUCUGAAUGAUGUUAUAUUAAUUUUUUUUGGAGGGGGUGGGGGAGCUCUGAUGAUGAAUUUGGUUUCUUGAAUUACCUGUCUUGCUGUUUUCACCGGAAUCAUUUUUGUUUUUCAUGUAAAAUGCAUAAUCUGCUUUUGCCGUUGGUUUUCCACAUCCUAAAAAUUUCCAUUUCUUAGGGGUUCUUUUUUCUCGACUUAUAAAUUUGAAAAUAUUAAUUUGAGUGGUGUCUUUCGGAAACAUUUCUCAUAUUGGUUAAUGAAUUCCUUUCACAAAAUCAUUUAUUGAUUUUGAUUCAGAAUUUUUUUGUAAUUGCAAUUGUAUAUGAAAACGACAUGUUGCUGCUGUUUAACUUGCUGCAUCUUUGAUUGAAGGAGAAUCAUUUAAAGAAGAUUUUAUCGCAAUGAGUCGGAUUGAUGAUUCUAUGCGAAAUCAAAUAGCAGCUCUUUUGCGAGUUAUAAAUUUCACACGAACUUUCAGAGAAGACACCGUUCCAUGUGAAAUAGAAGAGGGUCUCUUUUUGGGUUCUAUUGCAGCUGCUAAUAAUAUUGAUGCACUUAAAAGUUUAAAUAUCACGCACAUCUUAACUGUGGCUAGUUCCCUGAAACCUGUACAUACCAAUGACUUCGUGUACAAAGUUAUACCAGUCUUGGACAAAGAAGACACAAACUUAAGUCAGUAUUUUGAUGAAUGCUUCAAUUUCAUUGAUGAAGCAAAAAGAGAAGGUGGUGGUGUAUUGGUUCACUGCUUCGUUGGAAAAUCAAGAAGUGUGACUAUCGUUGUUGCCUAUUUAAUGAAAAAGCAUGGUAUGAGCCUUUCACAGGCCUUUGAACAUGUGAGGAGCAAACGACCACUGGCAUCUCCUAAUCCUGGUUUCAUCCAGCAAUUGAAAGAGUUUGAAAAAUCUCUUCAAGAGCCAACAAAGAACAAAUGAAAGAUCAUGAAUGAAGAAAAGCUGCUUCAUCUUGUAGAGAAACAGUCAGUUAGGCAAAGAUAUUGAUAUAUGAUCAACAUAUUAUGUAGAUUUUAUUUAAGGCUUGCGGUUGCAGGUUGGUGGCGAUAGCUGAUCAGCCACCACUUUGCAGAUUGGAUAUAUCAAGCUCCCAUUGGCAUUUAACCUGAACAGGCUGUAAGGAGGAGUCUCCUUUAUAAUAAUUUUUGUUUCUUUUUCAAUGUUGAAAUAAAUUUGCAAAGGAUGGGUCUUGGGAAACGUUAAUUUAUGAAUUUGAAUUUUAUUUAUUUUAUAAAUUGUAAGAAAUUUCAAUUUGUAUUA